AUGGCCCCGGUAAAGAAGACCGUUCUUAAAAAUGAACCUGGCGAGCAAGCCAUUCGGAUUCCAAAAUGGAAGCAGAACUUCUCAGCAAAUGAGCGAUUGAAGCAAGUAGUAACCAAGGAAAAGGCUGCCGCCGCUGCUCGACAAUGCAUAGAGGCAAUUUUCACGCAGCUCAAGGAAGACAGAAUCCUUGUUGGUGUUCGUGGAAGUACUGGCAGCGGAAAAUCGACCCUCAUAUCGGCUAUUUUGAGGAUGAAUAACUUGCUACCUACAGAGUCGUACAAGGCCUGUACAUCGACUCCGGUUGAGAUAGCAUACAACUAUAGCGAUGAUGAGAACGAACUCUUUCGUGCCGAAGUUGAGUUCGCUACUAGCGAAGAAUGGAAGAACGAACUUGAAGUCCUAUUCCAGGAUGUGCGUGCCCACUUUCGCGAGACCGAUGAAGAUUCAGCUUUUGAAGACCAAGACCGCAAAGAGAGGAUCAUGGAUGGAUUGGCGAAGAUCAAGUCCGUUUAUCCCCAUCUACGUUCCAUCGAGGAUCUCAGAGAUACAUCGGUCGCUGAGCUUAUGGACAACGAAGCGGUUCAAAACGUCUUGAGCUCGACCGCUUUUAUUAGAAGCGGCAGACAGAAACAAUUUUCAGAUUCAAUCGAGAAAUUCAUUUCUGCUGGCGAAUUGGAUCGCAAGGACUUUGCCCACUGGCCGCUUGUGAGGCGCGUCAAGGUCUUCGUUAAGUCCCAAAUCCUCGAGUCAGGUAUAGUUCUAUGUGACUUACCUGGUUCUAUGGACAGCAAUUCUGCUAGAGGAUCUAUUGGUGGGGACUAUCAAAAGCAUCUGGCAGUCACAAUAAUGGUUGCAGAUGCUAGAAGGGGUAUUGAUGAUCAGAAUGCCCACCUCUUGAUGGAGGAGCUCCUAAAGCGUGACCUGCAAAUGGAUGGGUUAUACGAUCCGGAACACCUAUGCUUCGUUCUAAGUCAAUAUGACAGAGACUUUGACAUGGGUGAUUACCUUGCCAAAAAGCCAGUAUUAAAGAAGAGCCUACGUUCUCUCUUUGAGAAGGGAAAAGACCUAAACAAGACUAUGUUUGAACGCCAGCAAAGUCUUGCUGAGGUAGAAGAGUUUCACAAAGAUUGCACAGUCAUGAUUGAAAAAGUUGAGGCCCAAAUAGCGCAACUCAAAACAGCAGCCUUGGAUCGCCAGAGAUCGGAAUUGAAGCGAAAGCGUAGCAUGGAUGAUGACAUGAUAACCGAGAAAAGUUCUUGCAUUGGCCACCAGACGUCAUUAGAAGAGUUAGAAACGAAACACGGCAGGCUAAAGGAGAAAGCAGGGAACUAUGCGGAGGAACAGCUGAGCCUCAAGAAGAGAAUUGAGCAGCUCAACGAUGCCCAAAAGGGCACAAUGUCUCAGAUCGCGGUUGCUUGCUACAAUGAUCGCAAAACGCGACAGAUUGCAGCAGUCCGGAAGGACUUCGAGAAUACUCUACGAGAAAUGGGUAAAGAAAAUCUGACGAAGCCACUUCCAGUUUUCUGCGCCGCGUCAACUACUUUUUUGAAGUAUCAGAACAAGAAUUUCAAGAAGAAGUGUAUGGGCUUCCCCACUAAACAAGAGACUGAAAUACCGCAGCUGAGGGACUGGUUGACCAAAUUCACACUGGAUAACCGGGAGAAGAAUGCUCAGGCAUUUCUUCAGGAUGUUGAGCAGUUAAUAGCUUCAAUGAAGCCUUGGAUUGAUGAUAAGCGAGGUGAUCUCAAGAUCUCCGCUGCUAAGAGAAAGCAGUGGGAGCCCGCAUUACAGGCCCGUAUCAAAGAGCUGAAUCUAAAUCUAGACAAGCUUGGUGUCCGUAUCGUAAAAUCGGCGGAGCAACAGCUUAAUUCUAGACUCUAUUCGAAGAUGCCGCAGGCCGAGAUUGAAGCGGCGAAAGAAUCGCAAAAAACUGUCAUCGACUUUGGGACUAGACUACAGUGGAAUACCCACAGAGCUGUGAAUCAGCGGUCAGGCCAAUGGACUGAUCAGAGAAAAGGGAAGGAUCAUAAGUGGAAUGAACGACUCGUAUUUGACUAUACAUCCUCUCUGGUCCGAGAGUGGACCGAGACAUUCUACGGUAACACAGGUAUCAAACAGGACUUUGGUUUCUAUAUUGAAGCUGCAAGAAAGCUCAUUGCCGACUUUGCAAUUGUAGCAACGGACAAAGUGAUCUACCCCGAGCUUGCUCUGGAACUUGACCUCUUGAAGUCACAAUUUGAGAAGGCAAAUGAUCUUGUUCCUUUCAAGACUGGAAAGAUUACCGCGGAUCUUGAUGCGAUGGUCCGGGACUGUCAUAGAGUGGUGGCGGCGCCUGCGGUUAAGAAAUACUUGGAGCCUAUGUAUGCAAAAUGUGCAGCUCAAAGAGGCGAGGGCCAUUUCCGCAGAAAUAAGGAGACACAUUUAGUCCAGAUGAGGGACAAGGGUGUUCAAAUGCACCACAGUGCCACUCUAGCGAUGAAAAAGGCAAUCAAAAAACUAUUUGACAGCCUUCCAUCCAAGCUCUCUGCGAGCCAUCUUGAAAUCAUAAAACAGCUUGAGAAUGACACCGAAGUAUUUUUUGAGCAUCACAGCUCUACCGGAACUCGAACUACUUCCAGAAGGGUUAGCUCACCUGCCAAAGUCAAACUGCAGACAGACCUCGAAGAUUGCCUUGGCAACCUGUAUCGUGCUUGGGAUGAUGAUGUUCCUUACGAGGUAGAAGAUGCGGAUAAUCUUGAUAGCUUCGAAUUUGAACAAGAUGAUAGGUUUUGCAUCCUUGCAAACGCUGAUGACGAUGGAGAUUACGUCUAUGGAGUCGAUGAAUAGGACGGUUUUUAAAUUGAGGGAUGCUAGGUUAUGGGACACAGGCGACGGGCGCUGAGCAGAUUCAUUCAUGGCGUUUUACGUUCCACAUGCAAGCUUUCAUUGGGUGCUGGGCCUCGUUUUCUGCUGAAUUCUCGGUGAUUUACUGCGUCAAACAUAGAAUCUAUGGAGUUCAGACAAUACAGAAUGCUCUGACCUCUUGGCAAUUUUGAGACGCAAUAAGCAGAGCUCUCUUCCUCGGGCUCUUCUUUUUUAGCUCC